AUGGUAGCUACUACAGCAAAUAAUCAGCAGUACGCAUUAAAAGCAGUUGAAAUCAGUCGUGUACACAAAAAAUCACCAAAGUCCCUCAGACAGCUGAUGAGAGAAAACGUUAGUUGCAGGGGUUUGAAACCACUAACCCUGGGUUAUACUCCGUUAGGAGUAGCACCGGCUGAGCUAGCUGAGAUAACACCUUCGCAUAUGCUUGCAACAACGGCGUUCUGCCACGCAGGCUUCGAUUUCCAGGGCCACCCAACUCUAUCUUAUCUUAUACCCCUCCUAUCUCAUUGUGUUCCCCUUCAACGAGCUGAGCCUAGCUCUCGGCUGCUGCUUGGCCUAGGAAUCAGCGAUAGUGGGCUCGAGAAGCACAAGGACGUGGUGGGCUUGAUCAGGUCUUUCGUUCGGCCAGCGGAGAGAACAAUGGUGAACUUCGGCGCUCGAGGUUCUAGGAUAGCUGUGUCAAAGCUGGUUUCAAGGCUGACUAAACUAGUGCCAUCCGGAUUCAACAAUAUUCCAAGUGCUUGUGCAAUCCACACAGCCACAUAUAUUACAGUAAAUCACUCGCGGAUGUAUGAGCCAGGAUCGAUGGUGAUCGCUUCCGCCAGAGGGACCAAUUGUAACGGCACAGGCAAGACAACGGGUCCGAAUGCGAAACCUGGGAAUUCCAUUAACACCUAUAGGCCUUGUACGGAAGGAUAUCAGAAAACUAUCGAGCUAGUCAAGGGGAGAGAUACGAGGAGCCUUCGGAUAUCGGUUCGUCGGGCAACCCGAGAUGGAACGGUUCAUGCAAAUCGUUACACCAAUCAACAUGGCGACCCUGCAUAA